AUGACUUUGCCCUUCUUUUUCAAUAAACCAGGAGUCAUUAACAAUAAGAAAAAGAAACCAACAACAACAACAGAAGCAGCAACUGCAGCAACAGCAGAUACAACAACGGUCAAAGAUACUUUAUACCCGACUCUUUCUUCUUUAAUACAAAGAACAAGUGCCAUUUCAAUUCAUGAGCCCAUUAGCAUACCUCAUGUUCAAACAGCAUCGUCUUUCUCCAAUGCCAUUCCUACUACCACUGUAACUACAACAAGAACAACUACUGUAGAAAGCGAAGAACCGGCAGACGAAGAUAUGGAUGAAAACUUCUUUUAUAGACAUUUAACCACCCAUUUUCAUCCACUCUUUGUCGAGUCGAGUAUUAUCUGUAUACCACAUACAAAGUCUAUACAAGGACUUGUCCUUACAAAAGAUAUCAUCGAAUCACAUUGCUUUUUGCCUUCUCCUUACUUUUGUGGGCAAUACAUGGCAACCAAACAAAGACAUAAGAACAUAGCAUUAGAUUAUCCUCUCAUAACGACUUUAGGAGGCUAUCAAAAGGAAAAGAUGGUGCAUGUUUUGGCAGAAGAAACUGUGUCUUACAAGCACAAAAAGAUCAAAUUGUAUUUAAUAGAUCAGUUAUUAGAAGGAGAGACGCCUAAAUACCAUCCUCUUCAGCAUUACAAACCAACUAUUACUAUUCCGCCUAUUCGCAACUCUAAAAAUGACCUGGAAUUUCUCAAUAUCUUUCCACAGAAUUUUGAGGCCAUUCAUGAAUUACAAUUGGUAGCACAAGAAUUUACAGAUUCCUAUGUCUAUGUCAAAGGUUAUAACAAAUGCACUGUUGAAAGAAUUCAACAUAUCUAUAUGAAGGCUUACAAGACAAUAUUAAAAAGAAACCAACUUUUGGAAGAAUCUUGUAGAAUACCUUCUGAGCAUGAUCGUUUUUUGGAAUUAGUUGAAAAUAUCAGUGUUGUAAUGAGCUUUUUAUAUAAAAAAGUUUGGAAGCAGUCCUUACCAUCACUUUUAGCAUCUCAAGAUAAUCAUAUACAACAUCUAUCUCAGCUGUAUUUUAAUGUCCCUCUGUCACAAUUCGCACUUCGAUAUCCUAUCUCAGAAAUGGAUAGAUCUUGCUUUCAAAAAGCCAUCGGUAUGUUCCAGCAGCUCAACUCUCCACACUAUGCCUCUGUGCUCGAUCCUCAUGCGGUGCCUUCAUCUACUGAGGCUGCAUUUACGCCGCUGGAAAAGUUGGCGGCAUUGAAGUCGACUUUAAACAUCCUAUCCGAUACAGUGACAGAGUUUAUCCAGCAUUUUGAAGGGAACACGGCCGCUGCUGCGACAAAAGGAAUCGAUUCUGCUUCUCUGACCUCGGAUGAACUGAUUCCGCUCUUGGCUUACGUAAUGAUUCAAAGUCAAGUAGGCAGAAUUGCUAGCAUGAUCUAUUACAUGCAACAUUAUAGGUUAGCGAGGAUGCAAGAAGGCUCAGUGUACAACUUUGUCUUGGCUACCAUGAAAGCUGCUUGUGAAUUUCUGAAAGAUGAUCCCCUUUCACUGCAGCAAAAAUAUCAGCAACAACAGCUGGAUUUGGUUACUUUGAGUGAGCGUCCUUCAUUACCCGCCGUCAAAGUGCACGAAAGAAAGAAAAGACCUUCCAGUAUCUACAGCAUGCGAUCUACACAGUCUACAGCUAACCACUCUCCUCUUCCAGCUGCGAUGUUGGCUGCCACUACCCCUUCUUCUGCUAAAUAUACUUUACAUCAUCGUAAAUCUCAAAGUGCCGACCUAUCAUCUACUAGCUCCACAUCGUCUAUCGCCUCGAUAAACAAUACCCACAGUAAGCGAAAACCCUCCUCGUCACCCGCUGCUACUUUGAGUCCCAAUGCAUCGAACACAACCUUACGACCUCAACAUUUUGUGCUGCCCCAAUCGCACACCCUAUCACAAAACAGAAAGAGCCUCGAUAUACCCAAUGACUGGUUAUUACCUUCAACUCAUACCAAUAGUAAUGUCAACAAUUACAACUAUAUACCUUCUCCUACAUCUCCUUCUUCUACCGUGUCCAUUUCAUCCACUGCUACGAAUACCACUACUUCGCCCUUAUCACCUCUAUCGACACAAAUCCCUCCUGUAUCGCUAUCACUGUCACCGUCCCUUUCCCCGCAACAACAGAAAAAGCCUUUUCACAACCACCAUCUCAACUCUACGAAACCGCUGAUUUCGACUACCUUUCCAUCCUUAUCCAGCUCAACGCCUUUACUGAACAACAAUGACAGUCAUCCUGGGGAAGAGUCUGAUAUCACGAACAAUGACAGUAUCUCCAAUUCCUCUCUUUCUAUAAAUAUACCCAAAUUAGGCAGAUCUUUGAGUGCCUCCACAAACAACGAUAGUCAUCAGGAACAACAGCGACAGCAACAAUCUACAGAACAACAUCCUCGUUAUUUCAGUAAAAGAUCUUAUCAACGGAAAGCACCUACCGUCAUCAACCUUAAUUUGAACCGGCUUUCGUUUUUAUCCGAUCAUCAUCACCGUCCAUUGACUUUCAACCAAAAGAGACCGGCUUCCAUUUGCUUAGACACAAGAUCCUUUCACAACAACUGUAGUAGUAAUAGCUGUAACAGUAGUGUCUAUAGUGCUGAUAAUAACAACGAUACGGUCUCAACGACUUCUUCCUCUACAACAGCAACAACGAAAGAAGAGCUCAUGGGUGAUUUCUUGUUGGGAUUAAGUCAAUUGGACGGUGAUGUUGUAGGUGGUAGAUCAGGUACUCUAAGAACGACGAGUAGCAGUGCCUCUUUUAAAAAAUAA